GAAUUGCGUCUCAUUCUCACGAUGAAUGUUUGUUUUGAAUCGGUUGUCAAAACCUGAAUUCAAUUCGACAUUGACAAUAUGAAUAUUUGAUUAAAUUGUGGUAUCAACUUGGUACAAAGUCCGUACAUGCGAAAUUGAAAUUAAAAUUGAAACUAAAACACGUUUUUGCUUCGAUUAUGACAAAUUCUUGUGAAAAAGUGUUGUUUUUUCAUUGUUGUGUGGCUUGUGAUUGAAACAACGUAUUUGUCACAUUAAACGUGUGCACCGGCCACAAUUUUAGUAGUAGGUUCAAAUGUCAUUUGCCGUCUUAGUCAUAUUCCUCUUUUAUGUAUAUCUCGUAAAAGGCGACAAGAAAGAGAAAAAAAGGAAUUUUUUUCAUUCACUACACGAAAAAUGCAAUAGGGAUCGGCAUUAAAUAUCAAAAAAACGGGAGACAAGUGAAUUGCGUGAGAAAAAUUCAAGAAAACAAUUUCAGUUGGAUUUGUCGAAAAUAACUUUUAUAUCGAGAAAAAAAAGGUGAUAAGGUGUUGUGCUGUGUGUUUAUGAUUUAAACUAGAAGAAAAAAAAAAACCGAGAUUAUACAGGAACAUAACAAAGGAACACAGAUAAACUCUAGUUACAAUUUUCCGAAUAUAAAUUCAGCAAUUCCAAAGAAUCGGCCGCAAAUUUGCGAGACAACGGCGUGAAAUCAAAAAAAAACAACAACACAUUUUACCAAUUAUAAAGCCAUGGCAAAGAAAACUUACGAUUUAUUGUUCAAAUUGCUGUUGAUCGGAGAUUCAGGUGUGGGCAAAACCUGUAUACUCUUCCGAUUUUCCGAUGAUGCAUUCACCUCAACAUUCAUCUCAACGAUAGGCAUCGAUUUUAAAAUCAAAACGGUGGAAUUGCGUGGAAAGAAAAUUAAACUACAAAUAUGGGAUACUGCCGGACAGGAACGAUUUCACACCAUAACCACAUCGUAUUAUCGCGGUGCAAUGGGCAUAAUGCUCGUCUAUGAUAUAACAAAUGAAAAGAGCUUCGAAAAUAUAGUAAAAUGGCUACGAAACAUCGAUGAGCAUGCAAAUGAGGAUGUUGAAAAGAUGAUAUUGGGCAAUAAAUGCGAUAUGCAAGACAAACGAGUGGUAACCAAAGAUCGAGGCGAGGCCAUUGCACGUGAACAUGGCAUUCGAUUUAUGGAAACAUCAGCCAAAGCAAAUAUCAACAUCGAACGAGCAUUCUCUGAAUUGGCCGAAGCCAUUCUGGACGCAACAUCCGGCAGAGAAAAUACCGAGAAUCCCGAACGCGUUAUCGUCGAUCGUCGAGGGCAAGAUAAACCGCCGGCGUACAAGAGCUGUUGCACAUAAAUUCAUUUUUUUUGUACAUCUGAAAAAGAAGAAAAGAAAAAAUCAGUUUUUUUUUAAAUGUUAGUAACUAAAUAGUAUGUAAUUGUAAACAUGCAAUUUAUUUCGAAUGUGACCGACAAGAGCAAAUUUGUACGGGAGAUAAAAAGUAGAAGAAGAAAGAGAAACCAUUUGUAUGAGAUAAUCGCAUGAAGUGGAGACAAUUUAACCACAACACCGAUUUAUAUGCAAUCAGUCAUUGAUGCAUUUUGCAAUACAUUGCGUUUUUUCUAACGCAACGCAAAACAAAACAAUAUUUAAUACACAAUUUUCACAUCAGACUAAGAUUUUUUACAUGAAACAUCUUUAUACCGAAAGUAAAAACAAACAAACAAACAAACAAACAACAAUCAAACGAAAAGCAAAGAGAUAAUAAACACAAUCACAAAUUGUCUGUGUGCAUCGCUUCUUAUUCUCCUUUGAUUUGAUAGUCCAAUUUAAGGUGACAAUGAACAUCGCUUUUAGUAAAAAAAAAAGAUAAACAAAUUAUUAACAAUUUAUGCAAAAUCAACAACAACAACAACAACAAAAACAUCAAGAAAACACUAUGUAUAUGUUAAACGAACGGUGAGCGAAAAACAAAAAUCCGUUUUAUUUUUCUCUCACACAAAACAUUGAAUUGAAAAUCCAAAAUUCAAAAUUAAGACAAUUUACCCAUGUAAAAUAUGUACGUAUAUGCGUUUUGCUUCGAAUAUAUUGCUAUUGGGCGUGUCUCGAAACGCAGUGAAACCUUUAUUAGUGUAGGUCAAAACCAUGAAUUUGUUUAAGGGAAUAUAGAUGUGAUUUAGCUAUCAUUUAGUAACUGACAACAAAUACUUUUUUUCUCACUAAUUCUCGUUUUGUUCUUUCUUCAUUCAUGUAAAUGCAUACAUUUGUGCAAAUAUUUAUCAACAGUAGCAAGCAACAGCAGCAACAAAAUAUAUACUUUAUGUAUUUAGUUCCAUCCAGAUGUCUACAUAUAUGUCCAUGAAUGCAACAUAUUUCAACACAAGUCAAUUUCAAGUUACUCAUGUUAUUAUAUUUGUUUUGUUUUCGUUCAUUUGAAACAACGGAAUUGGUAUAAUAAAGGGAAAAAUGUGAACUUAGAACAAG